AUUGAAAAGUCUGGUAGUAGUGACCUGGAUCAAAGUGAUGAUUCGGAAACCCAGAGUGAUUCUGAACACGGCAGUGAUAGUGGAGAGAUUUGGGAUGCUACUUUAGGUGAACACCUGGAUGAAGAUAUCCUAAACCCUCCGCCAAUACCUGAACCAGCUUGUAAGAAGAAGAAAUUUCACAUGGUGCACUCACUUCUGCAGUGGAUGUUAUAUUUUCUUUUGAUUUGGCAAAGCAUUACCAACCUCAGUGA